AUGAAUAAUAAAGUAAUAAGCCUUUAAGAGAAUCAAAUGUAAAUAAAAUAUCAAUCAUCCCACAAAUAAUUUUCAGAUAAUGAUACCUCAAAUGAUAGCGAAGAACAAUUCGAAGUUUAAUUACUAUGUAAAAAAUUCUAAAAAAGACCUUACCAUAAUACAUUUUAGAAAGAAGGAAAAACAUAUGAGAAAAACAAAGUUUUAACACCCUCCAUGAACGACACAAAUAUAUAAACAAAAUUAAAUAUCGUUAACUGGAACAUCAGUUUUUUAAAAAAUGAAUACCGUAUCUAUAAUACACAUCUUACAAUGCUCGUCAAAAUACUGAAAGAUCUGGAGGCAUAAUAUUAGGACUAUUAUUAUCCUUAGAAUAAUUAACCAUAUAUAUUCUAAUACUUAGUCCAAAAUACAAUAGCAUUCUAAAAAUAAAUUUUAAAUAGAAUUGUACGAUAAUAAACUGAUCACAUUCUAACUAAUCAAAAAAUGAAAAUGAAAAUUUAGUCUAAUUGGUAAAAAUCCGAUCAUUGUUUGAUUGAGAUAAAAUUAGAAAUAAAGAAAAAGCAAAAGCAAAGGAGAAUCGACACUAAAAUAAUAUAUAUUGAUUAACAAAAAGCAUUAACAGAUUUUUGA